AUGUUUACCUGCUCAGUCUGCGCUCUCCGUGUGUUUCUGCAGAAGGAUGAAUCUGACCGUGUCGAGGCCUGCAUGGUGCUUGUAGGAGCCCUGGACUCUCUGGAGAGGCCCACAGUUGCGUUUGUGCGUCUGAAGGAGGCGGCGGCUCUGGACUCAGCCUUGGAGGCCCCGGUGCCCGUGCGCUUUGUGUUCGUUCUGAUUGGCCCCAGGAAGGCUGACAUGGACUACCACGAGACCGGCCGGGCCAUGGCAGCACUAAUGGCUGAUAAAGUCUUUAAUCAGGCAGCGAUCCAGGCGAAGACGGCCCGGGAGCUGACCGACGCUGUGGCGGACUUCAUGGACUGCAGCAUCGUCAUUCCACCCACCGAGAUCCAGAACGAAGCCAUGCUCAGCUCCAUCAUCAGCUUCCAGAAGAAGCUGCUGCAGGACAGGCUUCAGUCCUCUGACAGCACCGCGGUUCACCUGGACUCCAAACCUCACAGAGUUUCCGUCUCGUCUGGACCUCCCCCCGAUGAUCCCCUCUCCCGGACCGGCCGGCCGUUCGGAGGGAUGAUCCGAGACAUAAAGAAACGCUACCAGCACUACAAGAGCGACAUCACGGACGCUCUCAACGCCCAGGCCGUGGCCGCUAUCAUCUUCAUUUACUUCGCCGCUCUGUCUCCGGCCAUCACCUUCGGAGGACUGCUGGCUGAUAAGGUGGAGAACAUGAUGGGCGUUCCGGAGCUGCUCAUCUCCACCAGCAUUCAGGGGAUCAUUUUCUGCUUCGUGGCCGCUCAGCCCGUCCUGGUCAUUGGCUUCUCUGGUCCUCUCUUGGUGUUUGAGGAAGCCUUUUACGCUUUCUGCAAGUCCCAGGAGAUUGAGUACAUAGUUGGGAGGGUGUGGGUCGGCGUGUGGCUGGUCAUCAUCGUCGUGGUCAUCGUGGCCUUUGAGGGCAGUUUCCUCGUGCGCUUCAUUUCACGCUUCACCCAGGAAAUCUUCUCCAUCCUCAUCUCCCUCAUCUUCAUCUAUGAGACUUUCGCCAAGCUGGGGAGGAUCUUCAAGGCUCAUCCGCUGAUCCUCAACUACGACCACCUGAACGACACGAUAGAGAAUCCCUGGCACCCGAAGGUGGAGGAGACUGUCAUCUUCGACAACGCCACGGGAAACGUAACCAUCAUUGUCAACACCAUAAAGCCGCCGUACCCAAACACAGCCCUGCUCUCCAUGUGCCUCAUGCUGGGCUGCUUCUUCAUCGCCUUCUUCUUCCUGCGCCAGUUCAAGAACGGGACGUUUCUCACCCGGAAAGGUGAGCUUGCCGGCUGAUUGGGCGACUUCGGUGUGCCUAUUGCCAUCUUCCUCAUGGUUCUUGUGGACUACAACAUAAUGACAGUACACUCAGGUUGGCCAAAACUGGUGGUUCCUAAAGGUCUGAUGGUGUCCAACCCAGCCAAGAGAGGCUGGCUCAUCAACCCGUUUGGGGAGCACAAGCCCUUCCCUGUGUGGGUGAUGUUCGCCUGCUGCGUUCCGGCCCUGCUUGUCUUCAUUCUCAUUUUCCUGGAGUCUCAGAUCACGACACUCAUCGUGAGCAAGCCGGAGAGGAAGAUGGUCAAAGGCUCUGGGUUCCACUUCGACCUGUUGGUGCUGGUCGGCAUGGGGGGGAUCGGUGCGAUAUUCGGUGUGCCGUGGCUCAGCGCCGCCACGGUGCGCUCCGUCACUCACGCCAACGCUCUCACCGUCAUGAGCAAAGGGCCCAAGCCUGUCAUCGAGAAGGUGAUAGAGCAGAGGAUCAGCGGCAUUGUGGUGGCCCUGCUCGUCGGUCUGUCGAUUCUAAUGGAGCCGAUCCUCAAGAUGAUUCCCAUGUCCGCGUUGUUUGGGAUCUUUCUUUACAUGGGAGUCACGUCUUUGAACGGGAUCCAGCUCUGGGACCGCAUUCUGCUUCUCCUCAUCCCUAAGAAAUACCACCCAGAUGAACCCUAUGCUACCAGAGUGAGUACGGGACGGAUGCACCUGUUCACGGCCAUCCAGAUCGUGUGCCUGGCGGUCCUGUGGAUCAUCAAGUCCAGCCCGGUGUCCCUCGCUCUUCCCUUCAUCCUCAUCCUCACCAUCCCCCUGCGCAUGGUCAUGACCGGCCGUCUCUUCACUGAAAUGGAAAUGAAAUGCUUGGACGCCGAUGACGCCAAAGUGACGUUUGAGGAGGAGCCUGGACAGGACGUGUACUGUGAAUCUCAGAUGCCAUUGUAGACGUCUCCCAUCGCAGCUUUUCUAUUUUUAUUUAUACGUGGCUACCAUCAUUGUUUCAUUUACCUAAAGAGAGAAACAUAUUUAAUGUUUUUGUUUUCAUGAAAAAUGCUGACAGAGAUUUUACUACCGUAUUGAGUGUCAUUAUAGAUGAUAUUAAUAUAUUUGUAAAGCUGUCUCAGUCAAACAUUCCUGAAUAAUUUUCAGCCAUCACUCAGGUGUAUCGGCUUAUAGAGGAUGGAUAAAUCCUCAUUGAUGUGUUGGAACUAAAUAAAGUGCCUUAGUAAAAGUUAGUUGAAGAGCUAUUCGUACAUGAAAGUGAAAAAAGCCUCAUUUGAUAAGUGUCUAUAAUCACAAAGCUUCAGUGGUGAUUGUUGAAAAGAGCAUUAAUAAAGUCCAGAAUUGUUUACAAUCACACACUGAAUGUAAUGUGUGUUACAGCAUCUCUCAUGAGUAAUGUCUUUAUUACCAUGUUUAUGGCAAAGUCUGAAUAAAGUAUAUGUCAUUAUUGGUAACAAAUGAUCAGGCUGGAAACACUGGCGCUACUGGGAACAAAGGAGAGGCCAUGUUGUGGACAAUAUGAGAAAAAUAAAACUAGACACUUU